AAAAUAUAAAAUGUAACAAUAACAUUGGUCGUACGGCAUUUAUGACGUAAUAUCGUCCUACUUCCAAUCGUGUUCGGUUAAAGAUUAUAAAAAAUUAACUAUAACAUUUAUGCCGAUCAGUUACGGUUAUCUAUCGUCGAUUUUAGUAUUUAGUCGAUUUACUCGAUUUAGUUCACGCCCGACAUCAGUACAGGAAGGUUGUUGAUUACAAAUCUAUUAGUCAAUAAUUAAUAUUACCACGUAUUUUGAGAACAUAUUGCUGGUAAAAAUCGACCAUGGACAGGGAUUCAAAAAAAUUAUUCCAUAAAGUUAUCGUCGACUUAUUAUGCUUAGGUUCAGUUGGGUUUCCAGUAUUGAUGUUUUAUAUGUUUGGUUUUCCAUACCAAAGAGGAUUCUUUUGUAAUGAUGAAUCUAUUCGAUAUCCAUUUAAAGAAUCAACAGUUACAUCAAGUAUAUUAUAUACAGUUGGAUUAGGAUUGCCCACAUUAGUAAUUUUAUUUAUUGAAUAUUCAAUGCGAAACAAUGAACAAUCGCGUUAUUCGUUAUUGGGAACACCUAUUCCUAAUUGGUUGUAUUCCGUGUACAACAAUAUAUUAUGGUUUUUAUUUGGAGCAGCUUGUUCACAACUAACUACAGAUAUUGGUAAAUAUACAAUAGGAAGAUUGAGACCUCAUUUUUUAGACAUUUGUAAGCCUAAUGUGGACUGUAAUUCCGACAUCAAUAAAACGAGAUACAUUGAAGAUUUUACAUGUAACGGAGAAAGGCCCAGCAAAUUUACCGAUAGUAGAUUAUCAUUUCCUUCUGGGCAUUCUUCAUUAUCGUUUUAUUGUAUGGUGUACUUAGCGUUAUACUUACAAGCCCGAGUUAAAACAUCUAAAUAUGGAAUGGCAAGAAGCUUAGCUCAAUUUGUGGUUAUUGUGAUGGCAGUGUUUUGUGCUUUAUCACGAGUCAGUGAUUAUAAACACCAUUGGAGUGAUGUAUUGGCAGGAACAAUUUUGGGAAUUACUACUGCUACUAUAACUGCAUUAUUCGUAUCGGAAUUAUUUGCGUCAAAAUAUAAAUCCCUCCGAAAACGUAAUUCUUCAGCAGAUGACAUCGAAACUACAAAUAAUUUACAAACAACCGAACUCAAAUAAAUAUGCACUAAUGCUUCCAAACUGCAUUUAAAUAAUAUGAAUAUUUUUAUAUUUCGUUAAUAUAUUGAUUACAAAGAAUAAUUUACUAAAAUUAAAUUUGUUUUCUUCAUUAUAGUUUAAAGAACAAAUUAUAAUGAUAUAUGUUUGGUCAGUAGAGUAUUAUUUAUGUUAAUUAAAGGUAUUCAUUUUUUUAGUAAUAUGUAUUAAAAUUGGAAUGAAGAAAACAUUUUUUAAUCGUAUUUUUAUUAUUUUUUUUUUAUCAACUAUACAUUGUUUGUAACAAUGAGUAUAAAAAAUGUAUAGUUAUUUAAAAUAAUAAUAUAAAUCCAAUAUUACAAAUUUACAAUUAAUAUAAAUGAUAUUGUUUAUACAUUUUUCAACUAUUGGUAUGAUUAGAAUAUAAUAUACAAAUUACAUACAAUUAUAAUUAUAUAUUGUGAUCAAUUAUUAACGUAAGUAGGUACAAACUAUAUUUAUUUUAUUCAUAAAUGGAGUCCUCGCGAUUUUGUGUAGCUAUUAUAUAUACCUAGGUGCUAUUUUUCAUUGAACAUUAUAAUAAUACUAAACGUUUUUAUAUGAAUUUAUAUGGUUUUGGGUAUUUAUUUUAAACUGAUUAAACUUAUUUUUUUACAUUACAUUUUAGGCCAUCAUCACAUUUUAUUAUAUAAGACUAAAAAAAUUCAAUUUAUUUAUUUUUACGCUGUAAUUAAAUAAAAGCACAUUUAAUAUUAUAUAUUCUAUAUAUUUUGUAUAAUAUAUAUCUCCAACAUAACUAUAAUAAUAUGUUCCUUCCAUAUAAAUGUAUACUUUUUGUUUGUUAUAACGCCAUAAGUAUAAUUUAUUAAUUAUUUUACUAAAAAAAAUCAGAUCUGUAAUUGUUGUUACCUGUUCACAUUUAAAAAAAAACCUAUAAUAAUAUAAUCAAUUUAAAUUUUAUUUAUUACUAUUAUUAUUAUUAUUAAGAUUAAUAUUUUAGUAUUAAAUAACAAAAUAAAUAAAUUUUUAUAUUAAUAUUAUGCAUUUUAUGCGUUAUAUGUAAUCUUUUAUUUAUUUUUAUGUUUACAUAAUAAGUAUUAUGCGUUGUUUUUUAAUAUUAAUGUUUUAUACUAUUUGGCUGCAUAUUAUAAAACAUAAUUUAUAAAUCUAUUUUAGUUUAACAUAGAUUAUGAACAUUUUAACAUUUGUUUAUAUUGUCGCUUUACACAUUUAUCGAUCUGAUAAUUAAAAUUGUUAUUUUUGUUUUCUAAUGCAAAUUAAUAAAAUUAAAAAUUAUAGUGAGAAUUAAUA